UCUACACAUUCGAUAUUGCAAUUCGAUAUGUAAUAUUGGACCAAUGAUAUUUGGUCUAUGAUUUUAAAGUUAUAGUCUAUUUAUAAGAUAAUAGAAAUUUAAAUUAAGUACUAAAGUAUAAUUAAAAUAAUUAAAUAUGAAAAUCGAAAUAUCAAAACACCAACAAGUACUAAGCGAAGAUUUAGCGAUCUUAGCUAACUGUUGAAAAGUUAUGUGAUUUUUUAAUUUUAGCUUCAUAUGUUUUUUAUUUAAAAUGAUACAACUGAUCUAUGUAGUAUGAUUGGUUAAGAUUCUUAUUAUAGUUGAAAAUGAUCACGAUUCAAAUCCUAAUAUGUGUUUUUUUAAGAAUAAAUGAGAAACAAAUAGAUCAUUGUGAAGACAAAAAUACUCUUCCUACUUUCACUCUCAUUGUAGGAAAAUUUGAAUGGGGGUGCACAAAAAAUAUUCAGCUAUCUAUAUACUUGUAGACUUGUAGAUUGUAGAUAUCAUCAUUAUCAUUAGGGGUGGGCAACAGGAAACAGGUAUUUGGGUGUACCCGUCCCUUUUUUGAGGGUUACGGGUACCCAUAUUAUCCGUAAUAGUAUUACCGGAUGGGACUUUGGAUUGUACAUUCCUAAUAUUGGUACCCACGGGUUACCCGCAAAUACCCGUUUGGGUCAUAUGGAUACCCGUUAUACCCAUUCAAAAUACACAGACAGUAGGCAGAAACAGAAAGCCCCUCUGGCCGUCUCCAACUCCAAAUCUCCAAUUGUCUUUUUUGAAGCCCAGCCCAACCAGAAGUUGAGAACCCAUUUGGCCAUUUCGGCCCUUUCCCUUCCCUUGACCAGUUGACCCUUGUCAACAGAUGAGCACGACUGCAUGAGACCACCAAGAGUGACUUAGCUCGGCCUCUGAGCUUUCCCUCUCCUCGCGACAGCCGACAGAGGCGCAGUCACCGUGCAGCUAGUAACCACCGCCGCGGAGGAAGGGGAAACCUCGCCGCCGCACCCAAUCUGACUCCCCGCCUGAAGUUGUUGAGCCUCCAUUCAACAUUUCCUAGUUCGAUUGAUGCGCCUCCAUUCAAGUGCAACUUUUCAAUUCCAGCUCUCCCCGACCGUCGACCAGCACCCAACAGUUAGCACCACCGCGACCGUCACCGUAGCCCUUAGCAGCCAGCACCAGACACCAGCAGUCACGACUCACUAUCGUCGUAGCCCUCAACAGUCACCCGACAGCUCUGCUCAAGCUCAACUCAUCUCUCCAAUUCUAAUUGUCGUAGCCCUCGGGUGGUGAUUAUGAGUAAUGAGUAACUUGUUAUAAUGUUAUUUGUUGUCCCAGUUACUAGUUAGGUUUCUAAUCUCCAACCUCUAUCUAUUUCUAGCCGCCAUCCCUACCAGCCAGCUUCUGUUGAUUUGGUUUUCUAAUUUCCAUGGCUAGUCACGAGAAUGAAGCCCCUCAAUCUGAACAAGCAAGUAAUGGUAUGGUCGUAUGGGUACUGGUAGUGAAGAAAGUAACAAGGACACAUCAGUGUCUAGAAUUAUAAUACCCUCAGGAAUAAUUAAAAGCAAAGGCAACCACUACACUAAACUACAGUGGGCUCAUGAUUAGAGAACUAUACACUUUGAUCAUCACAUGCCACACUAUUAGCUAAGCUUCCAGUUGUUUAUUCAGUUUCUGGUUACAUAGGAAUGCAAUUUACCGAAGUUUGUUGUGUCGAAUGAAGAUUGUUUGUUGUUUGGUGCCUUCACUGAAGUUGAAGGUUGCUUGUUGUUGUUUACAGAAGCCAGAACAACAGCAGCUUGCAGAAGCAGAACAACAGCAACAUGCCUUCCCAGUUGGUUGUGUCAAAUGGAUCUUAUUUGAAGCAUAACAGCAUCAACCAACAACUUCCUUCUUAGUUGUUAUUGCUUAUGAAAUGGUUUAUUUCUUUGCGUUUUGAUUGUUCAUGAAUGUGUAGUUUGCUUACCGAGUAUUUGUGAUUGUGUGAUUGGGAUGGAUUUUGUGAUAGUUAAGCUAGUACAAGUUAAGUUUAAACUUUUGUUAAAAUUCUAAUGGUUCAAAGUUUGGGUAUUUAUGAGUAGUACGGGUACCCGUUUUUCGUCCCGUACGGGUAAUGGGUACUCGUUUACCCAUACGGGUUUGGAAUAUGGGAUGGACUUUGGUCUCCAAACGAGAUUGAAUACCCGUUUUAAACGGGACAGGUAUCCAUUCCCGUUGCCCACCCCUAAUUAUCAUGCAUGUUGAAGAGGCGUGAUAGUUAAGCAAGUACAAGUUAAGUUUAAACUUUUGUUAAAAUUCUAAUGAUUCAAAGUUUGAGUAUUUAUGGGUAGCACGGGUACCUGUUAUACGUCCCGUACGGGUAAUAGGUACCCGUUUACCCAUACGGGUUUGAAAUAUGGGAUGGACUUUGGUCUCCAAACGAGAUUGGAUUGGAUACCCGUUUUAAACUCGACAGGUGUCCAUUCCUGUUGCCCACCCCUAAUUAAUCAUGCAUGUUGAAGAGGCUAAAAGGGUCAUUAACCCUUCACUUUGCCCCAAUUGUCCGUCCUUUUGGUGAUUCCGCGCGGGUUCUAGGUUUAGCGCUCGCACUUUUCUUCAUGCAACGGCAGCCCCCACGAGAAGGCACGAGAUCCUCCGCAUCGUCACUCUAGCGGGAACCAACUCGACGUGACUGUGACUCCAUUCUCACCUUGAAUCUGACUCUGGAAUACCUAAUUCUUCGCCUCUCUCUUUCAAAUUGGUAAGCUUUCUCUCUCUCUCUCUCGCGCGGUGGUGAAUUCACGAUUCCCCGACAGGGGUAAACCGUAAACGUAAAACCCUCCUUUCUAACGCGUCGAUUUCAAAUCUGAUAGUUUGAAUCAGUGUUUGGUCGUUCCGCGCUUUUCCGCUGAAGUGGGUUUUGAAUCGAUUCCGCGGUUGCUCCGGUUUCGAGCUCGGAUUCUGUGCGGUUGGAAAUUGGACGACUCGCUCGCUCUGUUGGUCCUCUCUGUCUACCCGUUGUGAAGAGUGCUCUUGGUAUCAAUCUAUUGGUUUCUCUCAGUCUCAACCUUUAGCUUCGUAUGUUGGUCGGGCUGUGGAGUUGAGAGAUAUUCAUUUGAUUUUUUGAAACACGUCAGGCUUCCGAACUGGGGAUCUGGUCUAUUUGUUCUUCAUGUAACUGAAUCUCAGCUUUUUGUUUAGCUUUGUAGGGUUAAUACCCGCCUAGUGCUUUAUUUAGGGUUGCUACUGAUUUGGGGAGUUUCAGGUAGGAACGUCAGAUUGGUUAUUGAAUUAUUGUAAAGGAAUUGGUUGGAGGUUUAUUGGGUUUCCCCGAGACUGUAAGUUUGUAACUUAUGAAUUUGUAUGUUUAGCGAAUAAUUUUGAGACAUUUUGUUAUGACAAGGUCUUAACUUUAACUCGCUUUGUUGGUCUGUAAUUGCCACUUCUGAAGUGAUGCACUCAUGUAGCCUCGUAUUGAUGAAGACCUGAUAAAUUUGUAUUGAAUGAGAUGUGUAGAUUCUUCUUUUGAUGUUGCUUUGUUCCAACAACAGUUAUCAAUCUUCCUUUACAUGUAUAGGAGUUGGAAGAUCUCAUUUUGUUUUAUGUUUUGCUGUCUUUGUAAAGGGUCUGGGUCUAAUGGCUGAUGAUCAAAUUGAUUUUGAGGAUGAGGAAUAUGGAGGGGCUCAAAAGUUGCACUUCCAGGGAAAUGGUGCCAUUCCUGCUCUUGCGGAGGAAGAAAUGGGGGAUGACGAUGAAUAUGAUGAUCUUUAUAAUGAUGUGAAUGUUGGUGAGAAUUUCCAACAGAUGCAUCGAUCUGAACCACCGGCUCCCCCUGCUAACACGAACAAUGGGGCAUUCCAAACUUCUAAUGCUCCCGAAUCAAGAGUCCAGGCACCAGCCGGGGGUGGUGGUGGUGGUGUGCAAGGGGUAAACAUACCUGGAGUUGUUGCUGAAGGGAAAUACUCCAAUCCUCCGGCACAGUUUCAAGAGAAAAAGGAAGUUCCCGAUAUAAUCAAGGGACCAGAAAAUGGUUCAGCGGGGUACCCGGAUUCAUCUGCUUCAAAUAAAGGUAAGGUCUUGGAGAUGGCACAUGAUACACAAGUUCGUAGUAUGGGAUUUCAAGGAGCAGCAUCGAUAUCAUCCAAUAUGGGGGUUAAUCCUUCUGAUACAACUAGAAAGGUUCCCAUUGAACCGCAACAUUUGCCAAGUACUGGAACAGGUAGUCUGACAAGUGUUCCACAGAUUCCAGCUAAUCCUAUGAACAUGAACAUGGAUACCAAUAUCAUAAGUGGAAAUCAGAUCAGGCCUCCUGUAGACAAUGGUGCAACUAUGCUGUUUGUUGGAGAAUUGCAUUGGUGGACAACUGAUGCAGAGCUUGAAAGUGUUUGUUCUCAGUAUGGAAGAGUCAAGGAGAUUAAGUUCUAUGACGAAAGAGCUAGUGGUAAGUCAAAGGGUUACUGCCAAGUUGAAUUUUAUGAGGCAGUCUCUGCUGCUGCUUGCAAAGAGGGAAUGCACGGAUUUAUGUUCAAUGGCCGAGCAUGUGUUGUGGCCUUUGCUUCUCCACAAACAAUGAAGCAAAUGGCAGCUUCUUACAUGAACAAGAAUGACAAUCAGCCUCAGGCACAGACACAGGCAAGGAGGCCUAUGAAUGAUGGUGCUGGAAGGGGCGGUGCUAUGAAUAAUUAUCCAGUUGGAGAUGGUGGGAGAAACUUCGGAAGGGGUGGGUGGGGAUGUGGUGCACCAGGUGUUCUCAACAAAGCUCCUGGGGUUGGAGGUCCAAUUAGGGGAAGAGGAGGCAUGGGUGCUAAGAGUAUGAUGGGAGGUGGUGCUGGUGUUGGAGGCGGCAUGAAUGGGGGAGGCUAUGGACCGGGCCUUGGUGGUCCUGCAUUUGGUGGUCCUGGUGCUGGAAUGAUGCCUCCACAGGCAAUGAUGGGAGCUGGAUUCGAUCCAACAUACAUGGGUAGAGGGGCUGGCUAUGGAGGAUUUGGAGGAGGUCCUGGCUUUCCGGGCAUGCUUCCUCAAUUUCCAUCUGUUAACACAAUGGGACUUGCAGGGGUGGCUCCUCAUGUCAACCCAGCAUUCUUUGGUCGUGGUAUGGCUCCUAAUGCUAUGGGGAUGAUGGGUGGUACCUCAGGAAUGGAAGGACCAGGCAUGGGAAUGUGGUCUGAGACCGGCAUGGGUGGAUGGGGAGAAGAGCUGGGAAGAAAGACUAGAGAAUCAAGUUAUGGUGCUGAAGAUGGUGCCUCUGACUACGGUUAUGGAGAGGCAAGUCAUGAAAAGAAUGGACGUUCAGGUGCUGCCCCUCGGGAGAAAGAGAGACCUUCUGGUCGUGACUGGUCGGGGACAUCAGAUCGGAGGCACCGUGAUGAGAGGGAGCAGGAAAGGGAUCAUCGGGAGCCACGUCACAGGGAGGAAAAAGAUAGCUAUAGAGAUCACCGAAAGAGAGAACGUGACUCAGGUUAUGAUGAUGACUGGGACAGGGGCAAGUCUUCUUCUAGGCAUCAGAGCAGGUCACGUGCGCCCGAAGAAGAUCACAGGUCAAGGUCACGGGAUGCUGAGUAUGGCAAGAGGAGACGUUUGCCCUCAGAGUGACACACCUUUGCAUUUGGACUUGAUUUUCUAUCCUCUUGGGUCGCUAACCGCCACAACAGCCUUUGCAGUUAUCUACAUUGACCAGAAGCUGUAGAAAGUGACCUCUUGAGGAAAGAAGUAAGUUCUACUCGUAAAGAUGAGAGAGUGCCUCAGUACCUCCUUUUUCUUUCUGCAUUUUACUGAAUUUUAUUAGAUGAACCCUAGUGUUUGUGUUAGAAAACAGAGUGACUCUUACUCUGAGACUUACAUUGCUAUGCUCGUGGGGCUGCACUCAAGUAUCCCACAGUUGAACACCUCAUUGAACUUAUAUUCGUAUUGGAUAGUCUGGUUGUUGGUUGGUGAACUUGAUCUAGAACUGUCUCAUCUUAUUUUUUGUAGCCACCAGGAGACUGAUCUUUAUUGUUAUUUUGGUUAAGUGAAGCUUCAAUUGCUAUUAGAUCGUGUAACUGCAAUGACUUUUUGACCAUCUAUCUACUGUUGUUUAAUUGUUAGGUGAAGGUUCAUUAGGAAAGCUAGAUUAGGGCCUUUAACCUUCAAAAUGCUACUUCUUUCUCGUUUCAUUGGCCAUUUAGUGGAAAUGAAUAGUGGGGUAGCUUUCUCCAUCAAGUUUACUGUGUACUUGUUUGGUUUGCUUGCUAUAAACGAAGAAAGUUUCAUUGGGGUAUGCUAACAUCUGUGCCUGCUCCAAUUUGGUCCAUUAGCACCUCGUGUGGAUUUGGAAAUUGAAUUAAUCCCUUAGCUUCUCGGUAGAGGUUUAACUUUGAUUUGUCUUGUGUUGCUUCUUUUUGUGUCCGUUAACAUGUUAAUUAUUUGAUUUAUCUGCUCACUUGGCUGUUUAAGAGUUAUUUCUUCUUCUUCUGUUGACAUAGUAGCAAAUUCAAACUUCCAUAUGACUAGUUGCUGAGCCAAAUAUUAGAAACUCUUGAAAGUGGUGCACCAUUUGUGAUGUCCAUAAAUGUGAAGCCUAAUUGAAAGUUCGUAAAGGAGGUUCCCAAGACAUGACACCCUUGGUUGCUUCCUCACUUUUCUUGUUUUGGCUGAUAGUUUCUUUUUUGAAGCAUGUUAUCUUAGCAACUGUAAAAAAAAGAAAACAAGAGUAUCCUAACUUAGUCUUGCCAGUCUUCUACUGGUGUCUGGAAGGUUUAGACAGUACUAAGCUAUUCCAAGUCUGUAGAAUUUUGAACUGCAUCAUAGUGUUUCGCAUUGAAACCUGACCCCCAGCCUUGGAGUUUUUUCCCCCCAAGUGAUCUUCUGGCUCACUUUCUAGAUCCCAGCUUUCAUUGCAAUAUUGGUUGGUUAUUUCCAGCCUUGAUGACCGAACCGGUUGAUUUUGAGAGCUUGUUUUGUGUCACGCAAGUCUGUAAUGUCAUGGAAGUAUGUUGCUGGUAGGAUGUCAUUAUCGGGAAAUGGUUAGUUGACUGUUGGAUCACUUUGCUGUUAGGGUAUGAAGUUGUGGGUUUAUGGUGCUUGUCUUUAAAACUCAACUUCUUUUUAUUGUCUAUUGACUUGUGAGUUUCUUUUAUUAUCAAUCCAGGGAGUAGGAUGGACACCUCGUGUUUUUUCAAUGAUUGAAUGCAACUGUAAUGGUUGCACGGGGGAAGAUGUGUUAGAUGAGCUGCCUUCACUGGGUUCCUCCCUUUAUGGUUUUGGUCUGCCAAGGUUGCAAAAGAAGCCUCUAUUGUCCUUGUUUUUCUCCCUUUUUUGGUUUAAAUUUGUGUACGAUGCUCCUACAAGAAUGCUUGAAGCUGCGAAAUGUUGAAGGGAUGUGAGCGCCUUGUUUUAGCUCAUAAUGACCUGAUGUCUGUUUUUGCUGUUGUUAUUGUUGUUGUUGUUGUUGUUGUUGUAAAUCACCAUUGCCUGUUUCAAAAUUUGUAACUGGGUCCUUGGCGUGUAAGUGGCCGCCUCUAUGUUUUUGCCCUGACCGUCAGCUUGUAUUGCUGCAAGGACCAUGUUUGUAGAUGAUGAAUGCCCUUGUAAUUUCCCUAUGUAAUCUGUUCUUAGAAGAGCUAGUGUUGGGGCAACAAAUUAUUGUUCUUACAGACGGCCUAUGGUCACUGUACUGGGUCACUACUACGAGUCACAGCCGCAGACGAGGGAAGGGUUUCUGAAGUUUUGCUUCCAGUCUUGCCGUUUGCAUGUAAAUGGUUUUUUCGGAUAGUUUAGGUUUUAGGAGAAUGAGACUAGUGCAUGCUGUUCAUUGCAGAUGGCUGGGGAGCCUGGGACUGAACAGUUAUGCUAUGGCCUAUGGACACCAUUUUUCCCCAUGUCCAUUUGCUAGCUUACGGGAUGUAGUAGCCUUUUGUUCACUGGUUCAGCACAUUCUAGUUUUUCCCAUGUCGGUUGUAAUGGGUAGAUGUUUGUACUCACAACAGGUGAAUGGCACAAGGAUUCAGCAAUGUGUGGUGUGACCAUGGUUUACCAAGUAAGUUCUUUGGGUUUGAGAGGUUUGUUUGCUGGUCUAUUGCCACCAGGGUUGAUCAUGUCGAUAUCAUCGAGCAGCUUGCCCAUUGUGCGAUGUUAGUCGGUGCUUGUUUGCUCCAUUGAAAUUGACAUUGAUACACCUGGGUGGAGGGGGGCAUCCACGAUCAGACUCUAGUGUUGAUUGAUGUAUCGAUCCUCCCAAUAUUGAAGAGUACCAAUCCUCACAAUAUUUCUGGUACCGAAAUAGCAUUGUUGGCUUGCGAAAUUGAAGAUGGAGAGAGGAUGAUAAACAGUAAAAGGUCAUAAGAGCUAUACAGAAGCAAUGCCAGUAAAACUCAUAUGAUGUUUUACGAAGACAUGACAAAGGGGGAGAAAUUAAGAGAUAUCAUGCUCGACUUGUCAUAAAGGUCUUCGCAAAAUAAUUGGCAUUGAUUUAGGAAAACUUCCAUAUGGUGGAUAUGGUUUUUGGAAGUACAUAAAAGUUAUAUAUGCGUCUAAUGAAGGUUGAUACUAGAG